AUGAUCCGCCACGGAUUGAGAUGGCUUCCUGAUGAUGGGGUGCUAAAUGAGGGGCGUCAUACUGACUUCUUUGUGUUGCUGUAUAGCAAUCGGGAUGAGAUCGAGCGUAUUGCAUCAUAUCAUCUUGGUCUAGGUCUUUCAAAUACUUGCCGGACUGGCGAUGUAAACGAAUGGGUCCACGGUAGCUUCAAUGUCUGCAUUCCUUUUUAUAUCAGCAAACAAGGUCACAAACGAGAAAAGAAAGCUCUUAUUAGGUUUCCCUUGCCGUACAAAAUAGGGGAAUUCAAAACCCCCGGCAAUAUGGAUGAAAAACUUCGCUGUGAAGCUGCAACGUUCAUUUGGAUACAUACGCAUUGUCCGGAAAUAUCCAUUCCUCAACUGUAG